CGGGGCUCCGCGGCUGCCGGGCCUCGGAGCGGGGCGCAGCGGUUCCCGCUGUCCCGGGCUGCCCGGCGUCCCUGCGCCGCCUGUCCCGGCAGCAGCGCGGCCCUGGCAGCGCGCGGGGGGACGCGGCCGCGCCCCGCUGGCUGCGGUCACUCGGGGGAUUCAUUUGCGUCUCCCUUCAGCACUGCCACGGCCUCCUACCCAGCAGAGCUGCUCCCCAGAGCCAGAGGGAUGGUGGUAGUCACGGGGCAGAGCAAAGCGAGUGCCACCCCGGAUGAUGCCAUGUCGAGCUCGGAUGCAGAGGAUGAUUUCCAAGAGCCGGCCACUCCCACCGCCACCCAGGCAGGACAGGCGCUACCUCUGCUGCCUCAGCAGUUCCCAGAAGUUGUCCCACUGAACGUGGGGGGGAUGUUUUUCACCACCAGACUGUCGACGCUGCGCAGGUACGAGGACACCAUGCUGGCAGCCAUGUUCAGUGGCAGGCACUACAUCCCCACCGACGCCGAGGGCAGGUACUUCAUCGACAGGGAUGGCACCUACUUUGGAGACAUACUAAACUUCCUACGAUCUGGUGACCUGCCCCCCCGAGAGCGAGUGAGGUCAGUGUACAAGGAGGCUCAGUAUUAUUCCAUAGGACCCUUGCUAGACAAUCUAGAGGAUAUCCAGCCUCUUAAAGGAGAAAAAGUUAGACAAGCUUUCCUGGGCCUAAUGCCAUAUUACAAAGAGCACUUGGAGCGGAUCAUCGAGAUCGCCAAGCUGCGGGCCAUGCAGAGGAAGGCCAGGUUUGCCAAGCUGAAGGUGUGUGUGUUCAAGGAGGAGAUGCCCAUCACCCCCUACGAGUGCCCCCACUUCAACUCGCUGCGCUUCGAGCGCAGCGAGAGCGAGCCCAAGCUCUUUGAGCACCACUGCGAGGUGGACGUGUCCUUCGGGCCCUGGGAGGCCGUGGCUGAUGUCUACGACCUGCUGCACUGCAUCGUCACUGACCUGUCUGCCAGGGGCAUCACUGUGGACCACCAGUGCAUUGGUGUGUGUGACAAGCACCUCAUCAACCACUACUACUGCAAGCGCCCCAUCUACGAGUUCAAGAUCACCUGGUGGUGAGCUGGGCUCACACA